CGUACUCGCAGCGCACGUCGCUCAUUAUAGUACGCCGCGCCGCGGACAAGUCGCUACCGCGUACACGUCGUCGUCGUCGCUGCCGCCGCCGCCGCCGCCGUCGCCGUAGCCGCCACCGCACAGCAGUCUGUCCCGCAUAACCGACCCGUGUCGAACACGAACGCGCUGCUACCUCGUAAUACCUGCACAAUAAUACUAUUGCCAUUACGAUAUUUUUAAUAAUAUAUUAUUGCCGUCCGUGUACGCCGGUAAUGAUAUUAGAAUAAUUCGAUUCGUAAAUAAUUAUUGCAAUACAAUAUAGUAUCGUAAACGAGGUACAUCCGUUAGGACGUGUGUUCGAGUUUUUUUUUUUUAAAUCUUGUGCCGUCAGACUACGGUGUUUUUUUUUUUUUUGUUAUUGGUUUUUAAAUUUCGUUUUCGAAUCGUCUUCUACUUGGACCGCAUAGGCGUGCGGCCAAUGAAUCGCUGCGCGAAGACCGCAACCACCGCCGCAACCCGCACCGCCGCCGCCGACGACUGCACCGCGGCGACGCUGGCCGUUGUUGUCGUAGUGGUCUCGUAGCGCGCGCGUCCCGCGAAAACGUCUCGAAACCGCGGGUCUCCCGCGUACCAUGACUUCUCAGUUUUCACAACAACUCGCCAAAAAUAUCGGACACCAGACCGCAUCGUUAGUGCCGCCGCAGUCUCUGUUACCGCAGCCGCCGCACACGUCUUCGUCGUCGUCUUCUAGCCCGCCGCCUUUACAGCUAUCGCUCACCGCGGCCCGGCGACACACUUCCGUCUCGCCGCAACCGCCGUCUUCGACCGCAGCCGGCCACAACUCGUCUCCGCCGCCACCGCAUCAGCCAAGGUCCUCCGUCGGCGGAUCGACCACUUCGUCAGCGGCCCCACCGCCGUCGUCCACGGCACCGUCGUCCGUCGGCGGCAGUCCCACCACGGCCGUCGCCACGGUCAGCACGUCCACCGCCGCGGCCGCGGCCGCUGCACCUCCCCGGUGCUGCGACACCGGCCGGCCCAUAUUCACCGACCCCAUUACCGGGCAGACGGUGUGCUCGUGCCAGUACGACCUGCUCAGCUACCAGCGGCUGGCCGCUUCGGGUGUACCAGCCCUGUCCAUGUACACCGCGCCGUACCCCGAGGGCAUGGCCGCCUACUUCCCGGCCCUCGGCUCUGACCAACCACCGUUCUACUCUGCCGCCGCAGCGGGACUUGAUCUCAAAGAGAACUUGGCAGCUGGAGCUACAUGGCCGUACCACUCGGUCUAUCACCCCUACGAUGCGGCAUUCGGGUACCCUUUCAACGGGUACGGCAUGGACCUGAACGGCGCCAGGCGGAAAAACGCCACCCGAGAGACAACCAGCACGCUGAAGGCUUGGCUUAACGAGCACAAGAAAAACCCGUACCCGACCAAAGGUGAGAAGAUCAUGUUGGCCAUCAUCACCAAGAUGACGCUCACGCAAGUGAGCACGUGGUUCGCUAAUGCCCGAAGGCGGUUGAAGAAGGAGAACAAGAUGACUUGGGAACCCAGAAAUAGGGUCGAAGACGAGGACAACAACAACGAGGAUGACCGAAAGAGCCCAGACCCAAAAGAUCUCGAUUGUAAAGACUCGGGCACGGGAUCGAGCGAGGACGGUGACCGGCCGGGCGCCAAUCACACGGGCAGCGAGUGGAGCGAAUCGCGGGCCGACAGCGGUCCGGACUCGCCGGAGCUGUUCGAACGGCCGCCGCCACCACACUUCCUGCACCACCCACCGCCGUACCACCACGGCCACUAUCCAGGAGCACCGCACCAUCCGCCGCCGUCACACCUCGGCCACCACCAUCACCAUCACCAUCCGUCGGCGGCGCCACCGCAUCACCGGUUCGCGUCCGUGUCGCCACCGGCCACCGGCGGCGUCGGCGGCGGGCUUCUGCCGUCGCAGAGUAGCGCCCCGAAGCCACGCAUUUGGUCGCUGGCCGACAUGGCCAGCAAGGACACGACUACCACGACGACGGCCGCGGCCGCGGUCGAGACGACGACGCCGUCCACCCCACCGCCGCCGCCGUCACCGCAGCAGCACCAGCGGUCACCGCACCACCAGCAACUGUCGCCUCCGUCCGUCGGCGGUGCGUCGUCAGGUCACCGACGGCCGCCCGCCGUCCCCGUACCGUCUCUGCCCGCCGGUUACGCGCGCCACGAGCAGCUGUACCGAUCGUUCUACGAGGAUCCCGCGGCCGCGGCCUAUCAUGCGCGCGCCUUCGGCGGCGGCGCCGGGAUCGUGUUCCAACCGUCCGCGGCCCACCAGCACCAUUUGCACCAUCACCACCAGCAGCAGCAACUGCACUCGGCGGCCGCGGCGGUCGCCGAACCGUCGCCCGCCUCGUCCUCGUCCGACGCCGAAUCCGUCGUGGCCGUCCAGCACGCGGAACGGGCUUGACGAGAAGCGCGGCUCGACCACGCAAACACACGUAAAUCCAAAGACAAAACAAAAAAAUAAAUAAAUAAACAUUAUUUUGUAAAUAUUAACUAUAAUAAUAUUUGAAGUAAACUUUGUAAAUAACAUAUUAUUAUAUAUAUUUAUUAAUGAAUAUAAAGUAAAAAAAAAUACACAUAAUAUAAUAUAUGAUAUGAUAUAGAAAACGGCAUGUAUAAGACAUUGUGCGGACAAUAAAAAAAAAAGUAAUGAUACUACUGGUAAAAAAUUUAAAAAAAAAAAAUCAAAAUAAUUAUAUUAUAUAUAUAUAUAUAC